AAAGAAAGUUGGAACAGCUUGGUCACUGGCAGCAAUGGAAAUCAUCCAGCUUAUUAACACUGACAGUGUACCCAACAAGGUGGUGAUGGAGCGUAACUUGGCAAAAGGUUGUCUUCAAGGAUAUUCAGCAAGUGUUCCCCCUUUGAUUGCAGGAAGAUGCUGAAACUCUGUGGAGAGACAGAGGACAAGUUGGCUCAGGAGCUGAUACAUUUCGAAUUGCAAGUGGAGAGAGACGUGAUUGAGCCCCUGUUUCUACUGGCUGAGGUGGAAAUCCCAAAUAUUCAGAAGCAGAGGAAACAUUUAGCAAAGCUGGUGCUGGACAUGGAUUCUUCACGAACCAGGUGGCAGCAGACUUCCAAGUCUUCAGGGUUGUCCAGCAGCUUACAGCCUGCGGGUGCCAAAGCUGAUGCCCUCAGGGAAGAGAUGGAAGAGGCUGCCAACAGAGUGGAGAUUUGCAGGGACCAGCUCUCUGCUGACAUGUACAGUUUUGUGGCCAAAGAAAUUGACUAUGCAAACUACUUUCAAACGCUAAUAGAAGUACAAGCUGAAUAUCACAGGAAGUCACUGACACUGUUGCAGGCUGUGUUGCCUCAAAUAAAAGCCCAGCAAGAGGCCUGGGUCGAGAAGCCUUCCUUUGGGAAGCCCCUGGAGGAGCACCUCAUGAUCAGUGGCCGCGAGAUCGCCUUCCCCAUCGAGGCUUGUGUGACGAUGCUGCUGGAGUGUGGAAUGCAGGAGGAGGGACUCUUCCGAGUCGCCCCCUCUGCCUCCAAGCUGAAGAAACUGAAAGCUGCAUUGGACUGCUGUGUGGUAGACAUCCAGGAGUACUCAGCAGAUCCACAUGCCAUUGCAGGAGCUUUGAAAUCUUACCUCCGAGAGUUGCCAGAACCUCUUAUGACCUUUGAACUCUAUGACGAGUGGAUCCAGGCUUCCAAUAUCCAGGAGCAAGACAAGAAGCUUCAAGCUCUGUGGAACGCUUGUGAGAAACUGCCCAAGGCCAAUCAUAACAACAUCCG